AUGUUCAGGAAAAAAGAAGAAUUAAAGAAACAGCAGGAAGAAGAGAAGGAAAAUAGAAAAAGGAAGAAGCAGGAAAAGCGAAACGAAAAACAAGGUGAAGGUAAUAAUUCACAAAGAGCAACACAGUGCUCUGCCUGCCUAAAGGGCAUCAGAUCUGGUGAACUACAAUAUGAUGACUGUAAACGAUACUAUCAUCAAGACUGUGCUCCACAGAGCCACGAACAUAACAUAUGUUACCUAGCGAUGAAGAUUGAUACAUAUGUCGUACCUGCUGCGGAUUGA